AUGAUGAGGAUAUGGACAUUUUUGAUUGCUGGGCUGGUGGCUCUUUUAAUUCUUCACUUCUUGAAACAACUCUGGUCAGGCAGACACUACCCCCCUGGGCCUUUUCUACUACCUGUCAUUGGAAGCAUAUGGCGAAUUGGAAUUAGUAUUUCUGAAGAUUUUCUCAUUAAGAUAGCAAAGCAAUAUGGAAAUAUUUACACUGUGUGGGUAGGACAUCAACCUGCGAUGGUUUUUUCUGGAUUCCAAGCUGUGAAAGAAGUGCUGAUCAACCAUGAAGACGCAUUCUCUGAGCGAGCGUUGACUCCUUUCCUAAAAGUUGUAGGAAGAGAAAGGGGGAUUCUACUUUCAAAUGGUCACAACUGGAAGAAGCAGAGAAAGUUUGGUGUAGUAACUCUGCGGAAGCUGGGACUGGGGAAGAAAGGCAUGGAGCACCAAAUACAAGAGGAGGCCCAGCAGCUUGUGGAGACUUUUGCACGUGCAAAUGGGCAGCCACUUGACCCUUCCUUGCCCAUCACCAAUGCAGUCUCAAACGUGAUCUGUGCUGUGACAUUUGGAGACCGGUUUUCUCUUGAAGAUGAAAAAUUCCAGAAAGUGAUUGAAGAUGUUGAUGUUAUCUUAAAAUUUACAGGCAGCAUCUUUCAUAUUUUGUAUGAAACGCUCCCAUGGAUCAUGAAGCAUCUUCCAGGACCUCACCAAAAGGCCCUCUCCGCCCUUGGGAUAGUGCUUUCAUUUGCAAGGGAGGAGAUAGCGAACCAUAAGGAGCAACAGUCCUUUCAUGAGCCACAGGAUUUCAUAGAUUUCUAUCUACUUCAGAUGGAGAAAAGCAGGAAUGACCCCAAGUCUACCUAUGAUGAAGAAAACCUGGCUCAGUGCAUUUUCGACUUCUUUAUUGGGGGAACAGAGACAACCACCACUUCUCUGAGAUGGGCUUUGCUUCUCCUGACAAAUCAUCCAGAUAUCCAAGAUAAAGUCUACAAGGAGAUAAAAGAUGUUUCCGGUUCAUCACAUUCAAUCUGCUACCGAGAUAUAAAGGAACUGCCCUACACUAAUGCUGUGAUUCAUGAGAUGCAGCGUUCAAAAUUUCCCUUAUUAUUUGGAGCCCCACGACGAUGUACAAAGGAUGUGAAUGUGAACGGUUAUCUCAUUCCCAAGGGGGCAUAUAUUAUUCCAGAUCUGCGCUCUGUUCUUCUUGAUCCUGAGCGGUGGGAGUCUCCUGAAAAGUUCAACCCAAACCAUUUUUUGGACAAGGAUGGAAAUUUUUCAUCUAGAGAAGAAUUUCUGCCAUUUGGUGCAGGGGCUCGGAUGUGUCCUGGGCAGCAGCUGGCAAGGAUUGAACUCUUCAUCUUCUUGACCAGCCUGCUGAAGACGUUCAGGUUUCAGCUGCCAGAAGGAGUUAAAAAACUCAAUCCAGAUGCUGUAAUACGUGUCUCUUUAUCUCCCCAUCCUUAUAAAAUCUGUGCUGUUCCUCGUUGUAGUUCAUCAUAA